CCCGCGCGGCGACUCCGCCGGCGCCCCGCCCCGCCCCGCGCGCUCGCGGCCCCCCGGGGCGGCCGCCGGGAGAGAUGCUGCAAGAAACUUCUUAAAUGACCGCGUCCGGCUGGCCGUGGAGCGUUUCUGGGUUGGGGAGAGGAAAGGAAAGUGGAAAAAAACUGAGAACUUCCUGAUCUCUCUCGCUGUGAGACAUGUCUGAGACUCCUGCUCAGUGUAGCAUUAAGCAGGAACGAAUUUCAUAUACGCCCCCCGAGAGCCCGGUGCCCAGCUACGCUUCCUCGACGCCGCUUCAUGUGCCAGUGCCCCGAGCGCUCAGGAUGGAGGAAGACGCGAUCCGCCUGCCCGCGCACCUGCGCUUGCAGCCAAUGUACUGGAGCAGGGAUGACGUAGCCCAGUGGCUCAAGUGGGCUGAAAAUGAGUUUUCUUUAAGGCCAAUUGACAGCAACACGUUUGAGAUGAAUGGCAAAGCUCUCCUGCUCCUGACCAAAGAGGACUUUCGCUACCGGUCUCCUCAUUCAGGUGAUGUGCUCUACGAACUCCUUCAGCAUAUUCUGAAGCAGAGGAAACCUCGGAUUCUUUUUUCACCGUUCUUCCACCCCGGAAACUCGAUACACACGCAGCCAGAAGUCAUACUGCACCAGAACCACGAAGAAGAUAACUGUGUCCAGAGGACCCCGAGGCCGUCGGUGGAGAACGUACACCACAACCCUCCCACCAUUGAACUGUUGCACCGUUCCAGAUCGCCCAUCACGACAAACCACCGGCCUUCUCCGGACCCUGAGCAGCGGCCCCUCCGGUCCCCCCUGGACAACAUGAUCCGCCGCCUCUCCCCAGCCGAGAGGGCCCAGGGACCGAGGCUCCACCAGGAAAACAACCACCAGGAGCCCUACCCCCUGUCAGUGUCUCCCAUGGAGAAUAAUCACUGCCCACCGUCCUCUGAGCCCCACCAGAAGCCCUCCAGCCCCCGGCAGGAGAGCACGCGGGUGAUCCAGCUGAUGCCGAGUCCCAUCAUGCACCCCCUGAUCCUGAACCCCCGGCACUCCGUGGAUUUCAAGCAGUCCCGGCUCUCGGAGGACGGGCUGCACCGGGAAGGGAAACCCAUCAACCUCUCCCAUCGGGAAGACCUGGCGUAUAUGAACCACAUCAUGGUCUCCGUCUCCCCGCCUGAGGAACACGCCAUGCCCAUCGGGAGGAUAGCAGACUGUAGACUGCUUUGGGAUUACGUCUAUCAGUUGCUUUCUGACAGCCGGUACGAAAACUUCAUCCGAUGGGAGGACAAAGAAUCCAAAAUAUUCCGGAUAGUGGAUCCCAAUGGACUGGCUCGACUGUGGGGAAACCAUAAGAACAGAACAAACAUGACCUAUGAGAAAAUGUCCAGAGCCCUGCGCCACUACUACAAACUAAACAUUAUCAGGAAGGAGCCAGGACAAAGGCUUUUGUUCAGGUUUAUGAAAACCCCGGAUGAAAUCAUGAGUGGCCGAACAGACCGUCUGGAGCACCUUGAGUCCCAGGAGCUGGAUGAACAAAUAUACCAAGAAGAUGAGUGUUGAAGGAACCAAGUCCCCGUCUCAGCAGGCGGGCAGGCCGAGGGCGCCCUGCCUGCCAGGAUGGCUGGGGCAUGAUGGAGCAGAAGAAAAGAGACCCAGCCGUGGCAGUGACACUUAGGGACUCCGGAGCACCUUAGACAAACCACUCAGCAAAGGCGGUGCUGAAAUUCUGGCCGAGGGCACCAGCCUGGGACUCAUGUUCAUGGUUCCUUCUCCUUUGGAAUCUCCUCCGUCUGUAAUUCCUCCCCUCCACCUCUGCCUAUUGUUAGUUUCAUGGUGUUUUUGUUUUUGUUUUUUAAGAUCAUGCAGUUUGACUUUUCAUCAUUCAUAUAGGGGAAGACAUCCGAGGUUGUUUUCCUAUGGAAAUAUAUAUCUAUUAUAUAUAUAUUUUUUGCAGAUCUCACAAAGUGCAGAAACCCAACUGGUCAGGAGAGAGAACACUUGCAAAAGUGUUCAGGUUGCUCUUGAUCCUACCAUGUGGAUCAGGUUUGUUCCUGUGGCUGUUGGGUCUUGGCUGGAAAAAAAAAGAAAAAAAAAUGCUUUUAAAAAAGAUAAAGUGAAAAGGAGAGCUCUCUUCUUCCCCCUCUGGUUCCCUUUCCCUCCCGGCCUCCCCCCGCCACCCCCACCCUCCCUCACCGCCUGCUGUUGAACUUCAGAUGCCUUUCAGCAGAGUUCAGCCUCUUGGAGAGUCUUGGGAAUAGCUGGUACCUAAACGGAAAUCAGUGGCCUGGGUACUUCAGAGCCAGCACCACGACAUCAAACCCACAUCCCAGCAUUUGGCUGCCCAUCGGAGGGAAGCCAAAAACAUCACAGAUGCUGCCGCCCUCCGGAAAGAUAAAUGCUAGUCCAGCAGGCCGCCCCUGACAUGGCUGUGAGAACUGCGAGGCUUGGAGGUUCCAUGGAGCGUAAGAUAAGCCUGGAAGGCUGUCCAGGCCAUUUGGAAGCCCCAGCAUUUGGGGAUUCAUUUGUAAGUCCUGCAAAGUGGAAAACACACUGCUGGUCCAGACACUUAGGUGAAAAAUCUUCUGCAGUGGGAAGCUGUCAUAUUCCAGAGCAGGUUACAGUUAUGGAAGCUCAUUUCUGCUCCAUUGCAGAGACCAUCUUGCAGUCAGUUUCAUGCCCUUGCCUGAUUUUAUUUUCCAAUUCUUAGGCUUUUUUUUUUUUUUUUCUUUUAAGUUUCCUGGUCCCCGCAGGACAUGGGGCACUGGAGAGGGAGGCUCCUGGCAUGUGCAGUCUCAGUCGCUACCAGUGUUUGCCAAGCCUGGGCAGACAGGAAAUUCCUCAGAUACAUGAUUUUUUUUUUCCCUCUUUCCUUCCUUCAUAGUUGUGUUUCAGAAUGGACCCGUGUGUGGCUCUUUUUCACCUUAAAAUAAGGUCAAUGGUAUAAAAUGAGGAAGAUGGCACCUCUUUGUGCUUUGGACCAUAACAUCUUUUUAGAAAGCUGUUGUAGAUUUUUUUUUUUCCCUUUUCCAGCCAUUUAAAUUAACUCCUCUAGCACAGGCUCAGAAUCCAAUAGUGAGAGUACAGUCUUUUUUCCUCAAAAAGAUUAGACCUGCCUCACAAAGCACUCACCCCCUCCUUGUUUCUCUCUGCUUCCUCUGUUCAGUUGGGUGAGCAUCUCAUGGUCCCCCAGGGUACACAUGUUGGGCUGUCAGCAGCUCUUCCAGAGAAAGCCACCAGACCCCAAGGCAUGGCCUCAAGCCAUUUCUGAUAGAGUCAGCCAGGCAGGGGUAGCAGGCAUGUGGGCAGGAGGAGUUCUCCCCCACCCCACCCACACCUUCCACACUGACAAGGACACGAGCCUGAAGGGAGGGAGGACAAACAGAUAGAUUUGAUUAUCGGUCAUGGACACUGGAAACAUUCCUGCCUUUCAUCAGACCACAGAUAGACACACAGAGGUGGCCAGCCCCCUCCCGGUGUGAACACACUCCCUCCACGUUACCUUCCAGAAGGAUGGGCUUGCUGCAGUGAGGUCAGGGACCUUCUGUGUGAGGCUAGAGGGUCCCCUGAGGAAGGGUUUGGGCUCAGCCUCCCUGAAUGGGGGUGAAGUUCAGCUGGAUCCCAGUGUGCUCCUCUCAAGAGCGUUCAACAGCACACACUGACUCUGUUCUGGCCUCUAAGAGGACGGAUGUUGGCUCUCAGAUGGAGAGGUGAAGCCAGAUACCUGGUGUGCUGUGAAAAUCAUUGAGUUUGAGAGCUGGAGUAAAAGGGCAGAUCGUUACUGGGCUCUUAUGUGACAUGAAAUCAGAGACCCAGGCUGGAUGUUGCUCUUCCCUAACAUGAGAGCAUCCCAUUCCGUUCACCCAGGUGUAAGGACUCAGGCUCUUAUUGUCCAAAGAAUCUUACAGUUGAAUGAUGAAGGGGAAAUUCCCCUUGGCCCCAGGAUUUCUGUAUUUAAAGUGCUAUCCUAUAAGAAUCUGUAAGACAUAGGAUGGCACCUUCAGCCCCUUGAAGCAGACAUAGAAGAUGCUAAUUCUGCCAGCAUCUUGAUUGCCCAUCAGGUAUUACCAGUUACUGGUUUUCCAUCAGUUCCCUUAAUGGCAAAAGUUCUCAUUGGUUCUUUGAGAGAAUACACUGGGCCAUGCCGUCACCAGGGAGACAGUGUUUAUACCCUGCAGACCUGAAAGAUCCCAGGUUCAACUUAGCCAUCUUUGAUGGAGCACCUGCCAGACCACCCUGAGGGAUUCAGAAGAAUUGGGUGCAAUUCUCACCCUCCUAGGGUUUAUCUUCUAUCUGAGGAGUCUUAUCUAGCAUGAAAUUUCUCCCUUCAACACCAAGAACUAGGGGUUGUAACAAUUUCACUUGGGACCAGAUUAAAAGUACAUCCACGAUCUGAAUAGUGGGCUUUCCCCUGCUGCCCUCAUGGGAGUUCUUGGCUUGCAGAAUCAGCAAUUGGGAAAGGAAAAGGCAGAAGGGCACUGCAGUGGGGCAGAGUUGCCUCCAGCUGCGUCCGGGGUGGACACUCUCACUUGAAUCUUAAAUUCUCUAGCACCUUCUUUUCCUUGCACCUCAAGGUAGCCAGGGUGCCUCCCCUCCAUCAGAAGAAAGCAGUAGCGAUUGGCUGGACUGGCUAUGUGGAAGUAACGCUAUGUCUAAGAUCUCUCUGUCCCAAAGCAACUUUGUCUUGCCCAAGGUAGCAUCACCAGUGUUCCAAGUCCUCUGUGGGGUAGGGGUGUCCCCAAAGGAAAAGAGGAGUAACAACUGAUGGAUUUUCUCCUUUUAACAGUAUGUUUGGGACCCUCUGGUCUGCUGUCCUCUUACAUUGACACCUUGUCCAGAUAAGAAUGUAGAUUUCACAGAUGCUUACGUGGCUCUGACAGCAUGUACCUAGAUGCCUAAGUAACCAUCUCUACCUUUCACUGCCUAGGCUCCAACUCUAAACACAUUUUUGAAACAUUAACUCCCUUUUGCAGAAGGGAAAGCUGAGUAUCAGAGAGGUCAUGGGACUUGCUCUGGGAGCAGAUAGCAUGCCUGGGACAGAAUUAGGAUGGGGAUCCAGCCUGGCCAUACCCCCAUUUGACUCACUCCCACCCAAGAAGCUGAAGACAAAACGAUUUGGGGAAAUACACACAGAACAAAGGGCAGUUUCUUUGCCCAAGCAUUCGGUGCUAGUUAGUUUUCACUCAGCCUGUUCCUCUCCUAAGCAGUAAUGAAGGAGCAUGGGUUGGGGGGAAGGGGGCGGUGACAAUAGUCCAUGCCUGCCUAAAAACCACCGAAGACUAACCUGAUACUCUUUUGGCCCCAUCUGCAUCAACACUAAACAACUGCAAACUCCUUGAAUCUUUCACACAUGCAAAGUGAACAUUCUUGAAGAUUUCUCUUUGUGACUGCAACCACCUGCAAACCAGAAUGAAUCUAGAUUUUUUUUUUUAAUUUCUAAUCUCUCGUUGUUUAUGAGGUGUGGGGUUUAUAAGGGACUGAAUCAAAUGAAUGUAACAAAAAA